AUGGCAACGCGCACAGGAAAAGUUGACCCCCAGGAUGCUCGCCGUGUCAAGCACACCCACAUCGGUAUAUGGGAUCUCUACGAGGAGUGCCAAACAGAUAAACAAGGCUCAUCAAUAUUGGAGACGUAUACCUGGAUACGCGAGAGCUCGCCCUACGCAGUGCGCAUGUUAAGGGAUAUAUUCAGUAUCAGACGAGUCCAGAUCCUUCUUCCCAUAUUCUUGAUAGUGGAAGUCUUGGGCUCUCUUAUGCCCGCCAUUUCCCUAUGGUAUAUUGGACAACUACUUCGUCUUAUAGAGCCAGCAAUGGAGACGCGUACUGUGGACACAACGGUGUUCGUUCAUGUUGCAGUAGGACAUCUUGCAUGCGCAGUCGCGACGCGCCUUUUUAAAUAUCUCCGACGCUGCACAAUUUUCCCCAUGGACAUUUCCAUCACACAAUUUUACGCUGGACGCACAUUCCACUCCAUUGUCAGCCUUGACGUGCCCACCUAUACACAAUUUGUUCACAGCGGGAAGCUCGGGAUCCCGGAUUCCGAUUUAGACUCUACUAGCAGCGUAGAAUGUGAAAUUAUCCAAGUGUCGACGAACAUCACAAUGACCGUUGUUCGUCUGCUCUCUCAGUUUUUGGUUCUGGUCACAGUCCUGCGGGAGCAACAGGAUGGUCUACUUCUUGCGAUUCUCAGCUUCUCGCAACCUAUAUUUCACUGGGAUGGCACACGAAAAGCCGUGGCCAGAUCCUUAGUUUGGGUUGCAACCACCACGAAUAAAGAUUUUAUUCGCAUGAAUGCCUUAAAGCUGUUUGUUCAUGAUCCUCGUUGCCGCAAAGAGGUUGUUACAGGAAACCUCAGUGAACACAUCACUGCACAAUUUCGCGAAUCCGUCCAGCGCGUUGGCGGCGAUGCAGUUGAUUUUAUAGAGCUUGAUCGAAUUCUUUCUAUCAAGGAUAGUCUGAGCGCGGUACACAUCCUUCGAGAAACAAUGCACAUGCUGCCCCAGAUCAUCUUCACUCUGCGCGUCGUGCAAAAACCAAUGACCCUCCCCCUCUAUUUGGUUUCACUCGUACUAAUGUAUCAAGUUUCUAACUCGUUCAGUUCCCCGCCCUUCUCCGAGUCACCUUUUAGCCAGUUUGUCUCUCUCGCGAAGAAAUUCACCUAUGUACGCACUGUGUACGAGAUAGAAAAUGUGCGGAAUCAGGUGGUGGAUGGCACAGAAUCGUUCCCCGAGGACAAGCAGUCUCUUAGGAGUGGCAUUUCUAUCGAGUUCAGGAAUGUGACGUUCCAGUACCCUGGUAACGAGAAGUAUGCUUUCCAUAAUGUUUCGUUCAAGAUCGGAGCUGGCCAACUUUGCGUCAUCGUCGGCAUUAACGGCUCUGGGAAAAGUACGGUCUUGAAACUCAUCUCCCGCGUGUACGACCCAACAGAGGGCACCAUCCUCAUAGACGACCGAGACAUCAAAACGCUCAAACUGGCCGACCUCCGGUCCGCCAUGUCUAUCCUCUUCCAAGACUAUGCCCACUUCCCCGUCCCCAUUCGCGAGAACAUCGGGCUUGGCAACCCCGCGCUCGCAAAUGAUGACGACAAGAUCCGCGAAGCCGCCCGUCUUGGUGGCGCAGAAGAAUUUAUCGACGACCUCCCCGACGGAUUCAACACCUCCCUCGAAGGCCCCAGUCUCAAUCACUAUAGUCGCUUUGAAGGCUCUUCGUCGUUCGGGCCCCCCAUCGACUUCUCCUUUUUGCGUAGCGUUGCGGGUAUCCGUUCCACCUAUGGUCCGGCCCUCAGUGGUGGCCAGAUGCAGCGGCUUGCAGUCUCACGCACAUUCAUGCGCUCGUUGCCCUCCGAGACAGAGCCUUCCGCUGGCAUGCUAUUAUUUGACGAGCCGAGCGCCUCUUUGGACCCUAAGGCCGAACACACUCUCUUCGAGCGUCUACGAAAGUUGAGGGGCAGCAAGACCAUAAUAUUCUCCACUCACCGGUUCGGGAACCUCACCCGACAUGCGGAUCUCAUUUUGUACAUGGACGAAUCCGUCCAUGAACAAGGCACACACGACGAACUGAUGAGGAAAGGGGGAGAGUAUGCUCAUGUCUGGAAUCUACAAGCGGAACCUUUCCUUUAA